AUGAGGUCUGAGAUGGCCCCAAACAGCCUGCCCCUUUCCCCACCCCUCCUGCUGUGGGGCGUGAGGCUCUGUGGCCCUAGCAGCUCUGUGGCCCUAGCAGCUGUCAGCAGGGAGGGGUCUCCACCCCGGGGCCUCCUGGCAUCCUCUCCUGCUGUGGCUAUUUUGGGCACUGGCCGGUGUUCAGACUUGGGGAGGGAUGGAUGCUCACCGGAGCAGGCGCGGAGUGGUUCUCAGAGGCCUGGCUGCCUGGCUGCCUUGCGCAAGGCCCUGGAGCUAGACCCCUGCUCAUCCCUUGGGAUGCUGGUUCUGGGCAGUGGGACAGGUUUUUCCUCAGUGACCAUGGACAGCUUGUUAUCCCCCAAAGAUGGACCUCUUGGCAGGGUGGGCUACGGACUGAGGGCCUAUGAUGGCUUGUCUCUGCCUGAAGAUGCAGAGACUGCCACAGCGGGCCGGGCUGGCUGGAACUAUUCUGACCUUUCUGAUGACGAGGACUUGCUGGCUGAUAGCGCCUCCGGAGAUGACAUGGGCAGCGGGGACGUGGGUAGCGGGGACUUCCAGAUGGUUUAUUUCCGGGCCCUGGUCAAUUUCACUCACUCCAUUGACUACAGUCCCCGACUGGAAGAUGCGAGCUCCAAGGAGUUCCGAGAGGUGUCCGAGGCUGUGGUAGACACGCUAGAGUCGGAGUACUCGAAGAUCCCCGGAGAGCAGGUGGUCAGUGUGGUGUUCAUCAAGGAGCUGGAUGGCUGGGUCUUCGUGGAACUGGAUGUGGGCUCAGAAGGGAAUGCUGAUGGGACUCAGAUUCAGGAUGUGCUGCAUUCGGUCAUCUCCAGCGGCUCCAUUGCUUCCUAUACCACCUCUCCCCAGGGCUUCCAGUUCCGACGCCUGGGCACAGUGCCCCAGUCCUCCAGGGCCUGCACUGAUGCUGAGUUUGCGUGCCACACCCACAACGAGUGUAUAGCUCUGGAAUAUCGCUGUGACCGGCGGCCUGACUGCAGGGACAUGUCUGAUGAGCUCAAUUGUGAGGAUGCAGUUCCGACUUCUGUGCCAACCACUUUGGUGGAGACACCACCUCUACCACCCCAGCCAGAGGCAACUACCAUACAGCAGCCACCAGACACCCAUGCUGCCUUGCCUCUGUUACCUGAUAAAGGCAGACCUGUGCCCUGUGCUUCCCACGAGGCCACGUGCCAUGAUGGGCAUUGCAUCCACAAAGACUACCUCUGUGAUGGGCAGGAGGACUGCAAGGACGGAAGCGAUGAGCUGGACUGCGGCCCCACACCACCCUGUGAGCCCAAUGAGUUCCCCUGUGCAAAUGGGCACUGUGCCUUCAAGCUGUGGCGCUGUGAUGGUGAUUUUGACUGCGAGGACCGCACCGAUGAGGUCAACUGCCCUGCCAAGCGCCCCGAAGACGUGUGUGGGCCCACGCAGUUCCGGUGUGUGUCCACGGACAUGUGCAUCCCAGCCAGCUUCCACUGUGAUGAAGAGAGCGACUGUCCCGACCGCAGCGAUGAGUUUGGCUGCAUGCCCCCCCAGGUGGUGACCCCUCCCCAGGAGUCGAUCCAGGCUUUCCGCGGCCAGACGGUGACCUUCACCUGCGUGGCUAUCGGUGUGCCCACCCCCCUCAUCAACUGGAGGCUUAACUGGGGUCACAUCCCCUCGCAUCCCAGGGUAACAAUGACCAGCGAGGGUGGCCGUGGCACACUGACCAUCCGUGAUGUGAAGGAGGCAGACCAGGGUGCCUAUACCUGUGAAGCUAUUAAUGCCCGUGGCAUGGUGCUGGGCAUUCCUGACGGGGUCCUGGAGCUCAUCCCACAGCGAGGCCCCUGCCCUGACGGCCACUUCUAUCUGGAGGACAACGCUUCCUGCCUGCCCUGCUUCUGCUUUGGCAUCACCAAUGUGUGCCAGGGCAGCCACCGCUUCCGGGACCACAUCCGAUUACGCUUUGACCAACCUGAUGACUUCAAGGGUGUGAAUGUGACGACGCCUACGCAGCCCAGUAUGCCACCCCUGUCUUCCACCCAGCUACAGAUAGACAUCGCACUGCAGGAGUUCCAGCUGGUCGACCUGUCCCGCCGCUUCCUUGUUCACAACUCCUUCUGGGCUCUGCCUGAACAGUUCCUGGGCAAUAGGGUGGACUCCUACGGCGGCUCCCUGCAUUACAAGGUGCGCUACGAGCUGGCCCGUGGAGAACUGGAGCCAGUACAGCGACCAGACGUGGUCCUUGUGGGUGCUGGAUAUCGCCUACUCUCCCGGGGCCACACACCCACCUAUCCUGGUGCUUUGAACCAACGCCAGGUCCAGUUCUCUGAGGAGCACUGGAUCCACGAGUCUGGCCGGCCAGUGCAGAGGGCGGAGAUGCUGCAGGUUCUGCAGAGCCUGGAGGCCAUCCUCAUCCAGACCGUGUACAAUGCCAAGAUGGCCAGUGUGGGGCUGAGUGAUAUCACCAUGGAUACCACUGUCACCCACACCACCAGCCAUGGCCGCAUCCACAGUGUGGAAGAGUGCAGAUGCCCUGUUGGCUAUUCUGGCUUGUCCUGUGAAAGUUGUGAUGCCCACUUCACCCGGGUGCCUGGUGGACCCUAUCUGGGCACCUGCUCUGGCUGCAACUGCAAUGGUCAUGCCAGCUCCUGUGACCCUGUGUAUGGUCACUGCCUGAAUUGCCAGCACAACACAGAGGGGCCACAGUGCAACAAGUGCAAGGCAGGUUUCUUUGGGGAUGCCACAAAGACCACAGCUACCGCCUGCCGGCCCUGCCCCUGCCCAUACAUCGACGCCUCCCGCAGGUUCUCAGACACCUGCUUCCUGGACACAGAUGGCCAAGCCACAUGUGACGCAUGUGCCCCGGGCUACACAGGUCGCCGCUGUGAGAGCUGUGCCCCCGGAUAUGAUGGCAAUCCCAUCCAGCCAAACGGGAAAUGCAGACCCAUCAAUCAGGAGCUUGUGCGUUGUGAUGAGCGAGGAAGCAUGGGAACCUCUAGGGAGGCCUGCCGCUGUAAGAACAACGUGGUGGGGCGCAUAUGCAAUGAGUGUGCUGAUGGCUCCUUCAAUCUGAAUGCCCGCAACCCUGAUGGCUGCCUCAAAUGCUUCUGUAUGGGCGUCAGUCGCCAGUGCGCUAGCUCCACCUGGAGCCGCGCCCAGGUACAUGGAGCCUCUGAAGAGCCCACCCAAUUCAGCCUGACCAAUACCGCUGGUACCCACACCACCAGUGAGGGCAUCUCAUCACCUGCACCUGGGGAGCUGGUCUUCUCCUCCUUCCACAGCCUCCUAUCUGGACCGUACUUCUGGAACCUACCACCACGCUUCCGGGGCGACAAGGUGACCUCCUAUGGGGGUGAGCUUCGCUUCACAGUGACACAGCGGCCCCGGCCUGGCUCCCUGAUGCUGCACAGACAGCCACUGGUGGUCCUACAGGGCAACGGCAUCGUCUUGGAACAUCAUGCAUCUCGGGAGCUGAGUCCUGGCCAACCUAGCACCUUCACUGUGCCCUUCCGGGAGCAAGCAUGGCAGCGGCCUGAUGGGCAACCAGCCACUAGGGAACACUUGCUGAUGGCGCUGGCAGGCAUCGACACCCUUCUCGUCCAGGCGUCCUUCACCCACCAGCCAGCUGAAAGCAGGAUCUCUGGCAUCAGCAUGGAUAUAGCGGUGCCUGAGGGAACUGACCAGGACCCCGCCCUGGAAGUGGAGCAGUGUACCUGCCCACCCGGAUACCGCGGCCCUUCCUGUCAGGACUGUGACACAGGCUACACACGCACACCCAGCGGUCUUUACCUGGGCACCUGUGAACGCUGCAGCUGCCACGGCCACACGGAGAUCUGUGAACCCGAGACAGGUUCCUGCCAGGCCUGCCAGCACCACACAGAGGGUCCUCGGUGUGAGCAAUGCCAGCCAGGAUACUAUGGGGACGCCCAGCGGGGGACACCACAGGACUGUCAACCAUGCUCGUGCUAUGGAGCUCCUGCAGCUGGCCAGGCUACCCACACUUGCUUUCUGGAUACAGACGGUCACCCCACCUGUGAUUCGUGCUCCCCGAGCCACAGUGGGCGACACUGUGAGAGGUGUGCCCCAGGUUACUAUGGCAACCCCAGCCAGGGUCAGCCAUGCCGAAGAGACGGCCAGAUACCAGAGCCCAUAGGCUGUGGCUGUGACCCCCAGGGCAGUAUCAGCAGCCAGUGUGAUGCUGCCGGCCAAUGCCAAUGCAAGGCCCAGGUAGAAGGCCUCACCUGCAGCCAGUGCCGACCCCACCACUUCCACCUGAGCACCAGCAACCCCGAUGGCUGCUUGCCCUGUUUCUGCAUGGGCGUCACCCAGCAGUGCGCCAGCUCCUCCUACAGCCGCCACCUGAUCUCUGUCCACUUUGCGCCUGGGGACUUCCAAGACUUCACCCUGGUGAACCCGCAGCGGAACAGCCGCCUGACAGGUGGCUUCACAGUGGAGCCCUUGCCUGAUGGGGCCCAGCUUGCUUUUGGCAACUUUGCCCAGCUCGGCCAUGAGUCUUUCUACUGGCAGCUGCCGGAGACAUUCCAAGGAGACAAGGUGGCAGCAUAUGGCGGGAAGCUUCGCUACACCCUCUCCUACACAGCUGGAGCUCAGGGCAGCCCGCUCUCUGACCCCGAUGUCCAGAUCACGGGCAACAACAUUAUGCUGGUGGCCUCCCAGCCAGCACUGCAAGGCCCCGAGAGGAAGAGUUACGAGAUUGUGUUCCAAGAGGAAUUCUGGCGCCGGCCUGACGGCCAGCCAGCCACCCGAGAGCACCUUCUGAUGGCUCUGGCAGACCUGGAUGAACUGCUGGUCCGGGCCACGUUCUCCUCCAUGCCUCUGGCCGCCAGCAUCAGUGCAGUCAGCCUGGAAGUGGCUCAGCCAGGACCCUCAAUCGGCCCCCGAGCCCUGGAGGUGGAAGAGUGCCGCUGUCCACCAGGCUAUGUGGGCUCCUCCUGCCAGGACUGUGCCUCAGGCUACACCCGCACGGGGAGUGGGCUCUACCUUGGGCACUGCGAGCUGUGUGAAUGCAACGGUCAUUCGGAUCUGUGCCACCCAGAGACCGGGGCCUGCUCGCAAUGCCAGCACAAUGCCGCCGGGGAGUUCUGUGAGCAAUGUGCCCCUGGUUACUAUGGAGAUGCCACUGCUGGAACACCAGAGGACUGCCAGCCCUGUGCCUGCCCACUGACCAACCCGGAAAACAUGUUCUCCCGUACCUGUGAGAGCCUAGGAGCCAGUGGAUACCGCUGCACAGCCUGUGAACCUGGCUACACGGGCCAGUACUGUGAGCAGUGUGCCCCCGGAUAUGUAGGUAAUCCCAAUGUGCGGGGCAGCCGAUGCAUGCCGCAGGCUGACCAAGCCCCACUGGUGGUCCAGGUACACCCUGCACGGAGCAUAGUACCCCAAGGUGGCCCCCAUUCCCUGAGGUGCCAGGUCAGUGGGAACCCACCCCACUACUUCUACUGGUCUCGUGAGGAUGGGCGGUCUGUGCCCAGUACCACCCAGCAACGACAUCAAGGAUCCGAGCUCCACUUCCCCAGCGUCCAGCCCUCAGAUGCUGGGGUCUACAUUUGCACCUGUCGGAAUCUCCAUCAUGCCAAUACCAGCCGGGCAGAGCUUCUGGUCACUGAAGCACCAAGCAAGCCCAUCACAGUGACGGUGGAGGAACAGCGGAGCCAGAGUGUGUGGCCUGGAGCUGACGUCACCUUCAUCUGCACAGCCAAGAGCAAGUCACCUGCUUAUACCCUGGUGUGGACCCGAUUGCACAAUGGAAAACUGCCAUCCCGAGCCAUGGAUUUCAAUGGCAUCCUGACCAUCCGCAAUGUGCAACCAAGUGAUGCAGGCACCUACGUGUGCACCGGCUCCAACAUGUUUGCCAUGGACCAGGGCACAGCCACACUGCAUGUACACGCCUCAAGUGCCCCAUCCGCUCCUGUGGUCUCCAUCCACCCUCCACAGCUCACAGUGCAGCCUGGACAGACAGCUGAGUUCCGCUGCAGUGCCACAGGGAACCCCACGCCCACCCUCGAGUGGACAGGGGGUCCUGGUGGCCAGCUUCCUGAAAAGGCGCAAAUUCAUGGUGGUAUCCUGCGCCUGCCAGCCGUGGAGCCCUCAGAUCAAGCCCAGUACUUCUGCCGCGCCCUCAGCAGUGCUGGGCAACAGGUGGCCAGAGCCAUGCUCCACGUGCAUGGGGGCAGUGGGCCCAGGGUCCAGGUGAGCCCGGAGAAGACCCAGGUCCAUGAAGGCCGUACUGUCAGGCUGUACUGCAGGGCUGCAGGGGUGCCCAGUGCCACCAUUUCCUGGAGGAAGGAAGGGGGCAGUCUCCCACCACAGGCCCGGUCAGAGCACACAGACAUCGCCACACUGCUCAUCCCAGCCAUCACGCUCGCUGACACCGGUGUCUACCUCUGCGUGGCCACCAGCCCCUCAGGCACUGCCCAGGCCCGUAUCCAGGUGGUCGUUCUUCCAGUCUUAGGUGCCAGCUCACCACCAGUCAAGAUCGAGUCGUCAUCCCCUUCUGUGACUGAAGGACAGAUGCUUGACCUCAAAUGUGUGGUAGCUGGGCAGGCCCAUGCCCAGGUCCUGUGGUACAAGCGAGGGGGCAGCCUCCCUCCCCAUGCCCAGGUCCACGGCGCCCUGCUACGGCUGCCCCAGGUCUCACCAGCUGAUUCUGGAGAAUAUGUCUGCAGAGUGGAGAAUGGCUCAGGCCCGAAGGAGGCCUCCAUCAUUGUCUCUGUCCUCCACAGCGCCUAUCCAGGCCCCAACCACACCCCAGCUCCAGGCAAUACCCAACAAAUCCGCAUCGAGCCCUCCUCCUCGCAUGUGGCUGAAGGGCAGACAUUGCAUCUGAACUGCGUGGUGCCCGGGCAGGCCCAUGCCCAGGUCACAUGGCACAAACGCGGGGGCAGCCUCCCUGCCCGGCAUCAGAUCCAUGGCUCCAUGCUGCAACUGUACCAAGUAUCCCCUGCCGACUCAGGCGAGUAUGUGUGCCGUGUGGUCCUUGGCUCUGGGCCUCUGGAGGCCUCUGUCCUGGUCAGCAUUGAGGCCCUUGCCCCAGGACCUGUUCCACCUGUCAAGAUCGAGUCUUCAUCACCCACAGUGGCUGAGGGGCAGAACUUGGAUCUGAGCUGUGUGGUGGCAGGGCAGACUCAUGCCCCGGUCACAUGGUUUAAGCGUGGGGGCAGCCUCCCUGCCCGACACCAGGUCCGUGGCUCCCGCCUGUACAUCUUCCAGGCCUCCCCAGCUGAUGCGGGCGAGUACGUGUGCCGGGCCAGCAAUGGCAUAGAGGCCUCCAUGACAGUCACCGUCACAGGGAACCAGGGGGCCAACUUUGCCUACCCCCCUGGAGACACUCAGCCCAUCCGCAUUGAGUCCUCCUCCUCACGCGUGGCUGAAGGGCAGACCCUGGAUCUGAACUGCGUGGUGCCUGGGCAGCCCCAUGCCCAGGUCACAUGGCACAAGCGCGGGGGCAGCCUACCUGUCCGACACCAGACACAUGGCUCGCUGCUGAGACUCUACCAGGUGUCCCCUGCCGACUCUGGCGAGUACAUGUGCCGUGUGGUGGGUGGCUCCGUGCCCCUGGAGGCCUCUGUCCUGGUCACUAUUGAGUCUUCGGGCUCUGUGCCUGGGCUCAGUGUCACCCCCCCAGUUCGGAUUGAAUCAUCUUCCUCACAAGUGGCUGAAGGGCAGACCCUGGACCUGAACUGCCUUGUUGCUGGACAGAGCCAUGCCCAGAUCACAUGGCAUAAGCGUGGAGGCAGCCUCCCUGCCCAGCACCAGGUACUUGGCUCGAGGCUACGGCUGCCUCAGGUGACCCCCUCAGAUUCUGGGGAAUACAUGUGCCGAGUGGCCAGCAGCUCAGGCAUCCAGGAGGCCUCUGUCCUUGUCACCAUCCAAAAGCGCCUUAGCUCCUCCCAUACCCAGGGCGUGGUGUACCCUGUCCGUAUCGAGUCCUCCUCAGCCUCCCUGGCCAAUGGACACACCCUGGACCUCAACUGCCUGGUGGCCAGCCAGGCCCCUCAUACUAUCACCUGGUACAAGCGUGGGGGCAGCUUACCCAGCCGGCAUCAGAUUGUGGGCUCCCGGCUCCGGAUCCCCCAGGUGACACCUGCAGACUCAGGCGAGUAUGUGUGUCAUGUCAGUAACGGUGCCGGCUCCCAGGAAACCUCCCUCAUCGUCACCAUCCAGGGCAGUGGCUCCUCCCAUGUACCCAGCGUCUCCCCACCAAUCAAGAUCGAGUCCUCGUCCCCCACAGUGGUAGAAGGGCAGACCUUGGAUCUGAACUGUGUGGUCGCUGGGCAGCCUCAGGCCACCAUCACAUGGUACAAGCGUGAAGGCAGCUUGCCCACCCGGCACCAGGCCCACGGCUCCCAUCUGCGGCUAUACCAGAUAUCUGCGGCUGAUUCGGGCGAGUACGUGUGCCGAGCCAACAACAACAUUGAUGCCCUGGAAGCCUCCAUCCUGGUCUCAGUCUCCCCCAACACUGGCAACCCCUCCAGCCCAGGUGGUGCCCAGCCCAUCAGAAUUGAGUCGUCAUCUUCACACGUGGCUGAGGGGCAGACACUGGAUCUGAACUGCGUGGUGCCUGGACAGGCCCACGCCCAGGUCACGUGGCACAAGCGUGGAGGUAGCCUCCCUGCUAAGCAUCAGAUCCAUGGCUCAUGGCUGCGGCUGUACCAGGUGUCCCCAUCUGACUCUGGCGAGUACAUGUGCCGUGUGGUGGGCAACUCUGGCCCACUGGAGGCCUCAGUCCUGGUCACCAUUGAAGCCCCCAGCUCUAGUGCUGUUCGUGUUCCUGAUGCUGGCGGAAUCCCACCCAUCCGCAUUGAGACCUCCUCCUCUCGAGUGGCCGAGGGGCAGACCCUGGAUCUGAACUGCAUCGUGCCUGGGCAGGCCCAUGCCCAGAUCACGUGGCACAAGCGUGGGGGCAGUCUCCCUACCGGGCACCAGGUCCACGGCUCCCUGCUGAGACUGAACCAGGUGUCCCCAGCUGAUUCUGGCGAGUACUCAUGCCGAGUGACCGGCAGCUCAGGCACCCUGGAGGCCUCUGUCCUGGUAACAAUUGAGGCCUCCAGCCCAGUCCCCAUUCCUGCCCCAGGACUGGCCCAGCCUGUCUACAUUGAGUCCUCCUCCUCACACGUGGCUGAAGGGCAGACCCUGGAUCUGAACUGCGUGGUGCCCGGGCAGCCCCAUGCCCAGGUCACAUGGCACAAGCGUGAGGGCAGCCUGCCUUCGAGGCACCAGACCCAUGGCUCCCUGCUGCGGAUCCACCACGUCUCCCCUGCCGACUCUGGCGAGUAUGUGUGUCGAGUGGUUGGCGGCUCAGGCCCUGAGCAGGAGGCCUCCUUCACAAUCACGGUCCCACCCAGCGCAGGAUCCUCUUACCGCCUCAGAAGCCCCGUCAUUUCCAUCGACCCACCCAGCAACACUGUGCAGCAAGGUCAGGAUGCCAGCUUCAAGUGCCUCAUCCAUGAUGGGGCAGCCCCUAUCACGCUUGAGUGGAAGAGCCGGAACCAGGAACUGGAAGACAACGUCCACAUCAGCCCCAAUGGCUCCAUCAUCACCAUCGUGGGCACCCGGCCCAGCAACCACGGUGCCUACCGCUGUGUGGCCUCCAAUGCCUAUGGUGUGGCCCAGAGUGUCGUGAACCUCAGUGUGCACGGACCCCCGUCAGUGUCCGUGCUCCCCAAGGGUCCCGUGCGAGUUAAAGCUGGAAAAUCCGUCACCCUGGAGUGUGUCAGUGCUGGGGAGCCCCGCUCCUCAACUCGUUGGACCCGCAUUGGCAGCCCCCACAAGUUGGAGCAGCGGAUCUAUGGACUUGUAGACAGCCACACACUGCUGCAGAUUUCAUCAGCUAAACCAGCCGAUGCAGGCAUCUACGUGUGCAUAGCUCAAAAUGCACUGGGCACAGCCCAGAAGCAGGUGGAGGUGAUUGUGGACAUGGGCACCAUGGCCCCGGGGGCUCCCCAGGUCCAAGUGGAAGAAAUCGAGCUAACUGUGGAAGCAGGACACACAGCCACGCUGCGCUGCUCGGCCACAGGCAACCCUACCCCCACCAUCCACUGGUCCAAGCUGCGCUCGCCCUUGCCCUGGCAGCACCGACUGGAAGGGGACACACUGAUCAUUCCCCGGGUAGCCCAGCAGGAUUCAGGCCAGUACAUCUGCAAUGCCACUAAUCCUGCCGGGCACUCAGAGGCCACCAUUGUCCUGCAUGUGGACAGCCCACCAUAUGCCACCACAGUCCCAGAGCAUGCUUCAGUGCGGGCAGGGGAACCAGUGCAGCUGCAGUGCCUGGCCCACGGGACACCCCCACUCACCUUCCAGUGGAGCCGUGUGGGCGGCAGCCUCCCUGAGAGGGCCAUCGUCAGGAAUGAGCUGCUGCGCUUUGAGCCCGCAGCUCCUGAGGACUCAGGCCGUUACCGCUGCGAGGUUACCAAUAGAGUGGGCUCAGCAGAGGCCUUCGCCCAGCUCACCAUCCAAGGGUCUGUACCUGCCGGCUCUUUCCCCGCCACCUCCAUCCCUGCAGGAUCCUCACCUGCAGUGCUGGUGACACCUCAGCUGGAGACCAAGAGCAUCGGGGCCAGUGUGGAGUUCCACUGUGCUGUGCCCAGCGACCGGAACACUCAGCUCCGCUGGUUCAAGGAAGGGGGUCAGCUGCCUCCUGGCCACAGCGUGCAAGACGGGGUGUUGCGAAUCCAGAACUUGGACCAGAGUUGCCAAGGAACAUAUGUGUGCCAGGCUCAUGGACCAUGGGGACAGGCCCAAGCCAGUGCCCAGCUGAUUGUCCAAGCCCUGCCCUCAGUGCUCAUCAACAUCCGGACCUCCGUGCAGACUGUGGUGGUCGGCCAUAGUGUGGAAUUUGAGUGCCUGGCCAUGGGUGAUCCAAAGCCCCAGGUGACUUGGAGCAAAGUUGGAGGACGUCUGCGGCCUGGGGUUGUGCAGAGCGGAAGCAUUGUCAGAAUCACCCACGUGGAGCUGGCGGACGCAGGACAGUACCGCUGCACUGCCACCAACGCUGCUGGCACCACCCAGUCCCACGUGCUGCUGCUUGUGCAAGCCUUGCCCCAGAUCUCAACACCCCCAGAGGUCCGUGUGCCUGCUGGCUCUGCAGCUGUCUUCCCCUGCAUGGCCUCUGGCUACCCCACUCCUGACAUCACCUGGUCCAAGCUGGAUGGCAACCUGCCGCCCGACAGCCGCCUGGAGAACAACAUGUUGAUGCUGCCCUCCGUCCGACCCCAGGAUGCUGGAACCUAUGUCUGCACUGCCACCAACCGCCAGGGCAAAGUCAAAGCUUUUGCCCAUCUGCAGGUGCCAGAGCGCGUGGUGCCCUACUUCACACAGACUCCCCACUCCUUCCUGCCGCUGCCCACCAUCAAGGAUGCCUACAGGAAGUUUGAGAUCAAGAUCACCUUCCGGCCCGACUCAGCUGAUGGGAUGCUGCUAUACAAUGGGCAGAAGCGGAGUCCAGGGAGCCCCACCAGCCUGGCCCACAGGCAGCCCGACUUCAUCUCUUUUGGCCUCGUGGGUGGAAGGCCUGAGUUCCGGUUUGACGCGGGCUCUGGCAUGGCCACCAUCCGCCACCCCACGCCCCUGGCCCUGGGCCAGUUCCACACUGUGACCCUGUUGCGCAGCCUCACCCAGGGCUCCCUGGUUGUGGGCACCCUGGCCCCAGUCAACGGGACCUCUCAGGGCAAGUUCCAGGGCCUGGACCUGAAUGAGGAGCUUUACCUGGGCGGCUACCCCGACUACGGCGCCAUCUCCAAGGCGGGGCUGGGCAGCGGCUUCAUAGGCUGUGUCCGGGAGCUACGCAUCCAAGGCGAGGAGAUUGUUUUCCACGACCUCAACCUCACAGCACAUGGCAUCUCCCACUGCCCCACCUGCCGGGACCGGCCCUGCCAGAAUGGUGGCCGAUGCCAUGAUUCAGAGAGUAGCAGCUACGUGUGCCUCUGCCCAGCCGGAUUCACUGGGAGCCGCUGUGAGCACUCGCAGGCCCUGCACUGCCACCCAGAGGCCUGUGGACCUGAUGCCACCUGCGUGAACCGGCCUGACGGUCGAGGCUACUCCUGCCGCUGCCACCUGGGCCGCUCAGGGAUAAAGUGUGAGGAAGGUGUGACCGUGACCACACCCUCCAUGUCGGGCACCGGCUCCUACCUGGCACUGCCUGCCCUCACCAACACACACCACGAGUUACGUCUGGACAUUGAGUUCAAGCCAUUGAUGCCCGAUGGAAUCCUGCUGUUCAGUGGGGGGAAGAGUGCACCUGUGGAGGACUUUGUGUCCCUGGCGAUGGUUGGAGGUCACCUGGAGUUCCGUUAUGAGUUGGGCUCAGGGCUGGCUGUUCUACGUAGCAUCGAACCACUGGCACUGGGCCACUGGCACCACGUGUCUGCAGAACGUCUCAACAAGGACGGCAGCCUGCGGGUGAACGGUGGGCGACCUGUGCUGCGCUCCUCGCCAGGCAAGAGCCAGGGCCUCAACCUGCACACCCUUCUCUACCUUGGGGGCGUGGAGCCAUCCGUGCAAGUGCCCCCAGACACCAACAUCAGCACUCACUUCCAUGGCUGUGUGGGCGAGGUGUCAGUGAAUGGAAAGCGGCUGGACCUCACCUAUAGUUUCCUGGGCAGCCGGGGCAUUGGGCAGUGUUAUGACAGCUCCCCGUGUGAGCGCCAGCCCUGCCGAAACGGAGCCACGUGCAUGCCCGCUGGCGAGUAUGAAUUCCAGUGUCUGUGUCGAGAUGGCUUCAAAGGAGACCUCUGCGAGCAGGAGGAGAACCCUUGCCAGCUCCGUGAGCCCUGUCUGCAUGGGGGCACCUGCCAGGGCACCCGCUGCCUCUGUAGUCCUGGCUUUUCUGGGCCACGCUGCCAACACGGCUCUGGACGUGGCACAGCAGAAUCCGAUUGGCAUCUUGAAGGCAGUGGGGGCAAUGACGCCCCUGGGCAGUAUGGUGCCUAUUUUCAUGAUGGUGGCUUCCUUGCCUUCCCUGGUCGCAUCUUCUUCAGAGGCCUACCUGAGGCACCUGAGACCAUCGAACUGGAGGUGCGGACCACCACAGCCAAUGGCCUCCUGCUUUGGCAGGGUGCGAUUGUGGGAGAGGCUGGCCAAGGCAAGGACUUCAUCAGUCUUGGGCUUCAGGAAGGACAGCUUGUCUUCAGCUACCAGCUGGGCAGUGGGGAAGCUCGCCUGGUCUCUGAGGACCCCAUCAAUGAUGGCGAGUGGCAUCGGGUGAUGGCGCUGCGAGAGGGCCGGAGAGGCUCCAUCCAGGUCGACGGUGAGGAGAUGGUCAGCGGCCAGUCCCCAGGCACUAAUGUGGCAGUCAACACCAAGAGCAGUGUCUACAUCGGCGGGGCCCCCGAUGUGGCUAAGCUGACUGGGGGAAGGUUCUCGGCAGGCAUCACAGGCUGUAUCAAGAAUCUGGUGCUACACUCGGCCUGGGCCGGCGCCCCACCCCCUCAGCCCCUGGACCUGCAGCACCAUGCCCAGACAGGGGCCAACACGCGCCCCUGCCCCUCGUAG